AACAUCUUCUUCUGCAAGGUCUAUCUUUCCAGUAUGUCGUUGGUACACAAUUCUCUAGUCUGUGUCACUUUGACCUUCGUUGGUUGAGACGUGUGUAUCGAGGAAAUCACAAGACGAUUGUUUUUGGGAACUUCAAUGUUGAUCAGACUCAGAUCAAGGGACGGCCUCGAGCGGAUACAGCUGCCUGAGCACGCCACCGUUGCGGAACUCAAGAAGCAGAUCAAUUCCAACCUUAGUAUCCCUGUCGAAGACAUAACGCUGUCUCGAAACAAGGACUUGCUGACUGCUCUGGACAAGUCUGGCUUUGAGGACCUGAGUCGGCCAGGGACGCCAUUGGUGAAGCUGGGCAUCCAGCAUGGAGACGUGGUGUUCAUGCACUAUCCAUUUGAGCGGGAGGUGGCAUCAACCGUGCCUAGAACAGCCUAUGAGAACCGCGCUUUUGGCACGCACAUGACUGUGGACGAGCUUGUGGCGAAGCAGACGCGCAUCGAGCGGCAGGAAGCGCCGCACGCCGCGUCGGCCUCCUUCGAACGCCACGCAGCCGACGCAUUCCAGAGCUAUGUGCAGGGCGCAAUCGCAUUCAGCAUCAAGCGCGGGGGCCUGCUGUAUGGCAGCGUGGACGAGGAGGGGAAGGUCACAGUGGAGGCCAUCUACGAACCGCCCCAGUCGGGUAGCGCUGAGAGUCUUCAGCUGGAGAGGAGUACUGAGGAGGAGGAGCGAGCAGACUUUGUUGCCAAGCAGCUUGGGCUGCAGAAGGUGGGCUGGAUAUUUGCGCAGAGCACGAAGGAGCGCGAGUUCAUCAUGUCGGCGGAGGAGGUGUGCCAGAUGGCGGCUGUGCAGGCAGAGCUGGGGGAGCGCGCCGUGACUGCUGUCGUGUCGAUGACUGUCGCCGAGGAGGGAACGCCCGAGAUCCACUUUGAGGCCUUCCAGGUGUCAGAUCAGACAGUGCGGCUGUGGCAGGAGGGCUGGUUCACCAACGGCACCGAAUUCAGCGGCGUCUCCAUCCUGCGCAACCCCAAGGAGCCGGACCACAAGGCGCCGGUGAUAGUGGCGGGGAAGGAUCAGGGCGAGGCGGACAAUGACUACCUCCUCAUCCCAGUCAACAUCCUGGACCACGAAGGGCCCCUCACGGCCAGCUUCCCUGUGGAGAACCGCCUGCUGCCGCAAGGCAAGGCGGAGCUUCGGCACCAUCUGCAGAAGAACAGGGGCAAGCCUUACGCAGAGCGGCUGGCAGACUUUCACCUUCUGCUCUACUUGGCAAAACAGCCCAACCUGGACCUUGCUGACCUGGCAAUUAUCAUCGAAGCAGUCAAGACCAAAGGCACCGUCCCCGAGGGCUACACCCUCAUUAUCGACUCCCUCGCCGAGCUCUAAACCCUGAAGGGUGGUUGAAUCGCUUGGUGUGUGCUUCUUGAUGUGUGAUGCUCUGCUGGUGAUGCUCUGCUGAACCCUGGAACCGAAUGAUCUCUGGUUGGGGUGAUUACAUUCAAUGCAAGUUGCAAGCAAAGCAGGGAUGCAAGGCAAACGUUGCAUAUGAUAUCAAGGCUUCGGACUGUUUGAGCGCUCGCUGGUGUUCUGCUGGCGCAGUCUCAAACAUCAGUGCACUGUGCUUGUUGAAGAACACCUGCUGGGGAGUAGAGCUAAGCUGCUGCCAGUGCCACUUCAUUAUGAGGUUGUUUGCCCGAAGGUGCACUGCACUUGGUGUGCCAAUUGGAAUGCCAUGAUUUGCAAAUGUGCAGCUUGAUCUUGAUUGCCAAUGUAUAGUGACGCAGGUAAAAUGGAAUUGUAUU